AUGGACGCUGCCACCGCCACCAACGCUCACAUCAACAAGUUUGAUGGUACGAACUUCCACACUUGGAAGUUCAAAAUGCAGAUGGUGCUGGAGGAGCGGGACCUUCGGGAAGUGACAAGCGGGGAGAUCAAGCUGGAACACCUUGCCACUACGCUGGAGCAGUCAACGUUCAAGCGCAAGUCACGGAAGGCGCUCGCGAUAAUCUGUCUUGCGAUGGAGGACUCGCAGCUGCCCCUGGUUCGGUCGGCAAGUGGAGCGUACGAUGCAUGGUCGCGGCUGGAAGGCCACUUUGAGAAGAAGAGCUUAGCCAACAAGCUCUUUCUUCGUCGCCGUUUCUUCACGGCCAAGAUGGAGGAAGGCGAUGAUGUGCUUUCGCACAUUAACAAGAUAAAGACACUGGCGGAACAACUCGACGCGGUGGGUGCUCCGGUCAGCGAAGACGACCUGGUGAUCACGCUUCUUGGAAGCUUAAGUGAGUCGUUUGCGUUUCUCAUUACUGCUUUGGAGUCAAGGGCCGACUCGCUGUCUUGGGAACUGGUGACAUCCAGGCUGCUACAUAAAGACAUGAAGCGCAAGGAUCAAGGCAGUGACGGGGUCGCUGCAGGUCAAGCGUUCAUGACAGGUGAGAAGAAGCGUAGUGGACGGCCACUCAAGAAGACUGGCGCGUGCAACUACUGCGGCAAGAUGGGUCAUUGGAUCGCGUAA